ACUAAAGUCGUUUAGAUGUGGUUAAUGAAUAGGGUAUUUUGAUCACCACAGUAAGAAAACAUGUGAGGUUAUAAUACGUGUCUCAAAUCUUCUUUUGAGAAAGGGUAACGUGUCUCAAAUCUUGAUAACGAUAGUUUACACCAUGGUUCGUCCAUUCUCACGAUAUUCAUAUUUGACCACUAAGACAUCCACAUAAUGACUACAAGUUUCGAAGUUAAGUUGAUACAGGAUUUAAUUUUUGGUUCUACAAACUUUGAUUAUAAAAAAAAAAGAUUCGAAGAUGCAAGAUUGAUAGUGAAAUAAAAUUGAGGGUACAUGUGGGGGAGUGACGUUUAAAAACAAAAACAAAAAGAGAAAGAAUAUAAAUAGAUGCUUAGUUACUCUCAUGACAACUAUGAAGCAAAGUUAGAGUCCGUCCAUACAAGUAUUUCGUGUUAUCGCCAUUCUUUCCUCACGCCCACGAGCCACGAUGACAAUUAUGUUUUGUUCCUUUUUUUAUUUAUAGAUUUGUAUUUUGUAUUUUUCACUGAAUUCUUGCGUCUUAUUUUGAGAAAAUUAUAUUUCAAACAUUAGGUAAACCGUAAACUAUAACUCAUGUUUGUCUGAAAAUUUAAAUGUUUAUUUUGCAAAUAUAAAUAUAAAGAUGCAAAGUUUUGAUGUAGCAUAAAACAAGGGAAGCACUCUUCUAUGGAAAAACAAAGUCUCCAGGAUUCGUAUGGUCAAAUAUAUUCCGAUCAAAUUAUUCGCGAAAGCGAGAUACAAAAUACGUACUUUACCUCCUCCUACGUCACAUCUACGCAUUCGUGCCCUACCUUCAGAAGUAUUCUUCCAAUUUUCUGAAGUUCCAAAAUGAGACACCGAUGAUUCACGACCGUAGAUUUAAAUGAUCACCUAAACGUUAAUUAUUUUAUUAAUGAAUCUUUGCUCAAAUUUAUCUACAGUAAUUUUGUUCAUAGUGAAUUAUAUCAAUUAAUGAUAUGAAAUGAAAUAGUCGUAUAAGACUAUAAGUCUAGUAGUUUCAUUUUGUUCACUCUAUACACAUUUGGCUAUUGCUAUAUAUGCAUGGUAAGUCGGUGAUUACUAACCUCUUUGUCGGUAUAAAUGUUUAGAUCAUGAAACCAUGUUAUCCACAAGAAUGAUAGUAGUUUUCUUGCCUAACUCCACUAACCAAAGCUAAUAAUUGUAUUGUUACCAACUUCUUUUUUUUUUUUUUGAACAACUAUUGUUACCAACUACUAGUUGAAUUUCGAUUCACUUGAAUCUUGUGUAUACUACUUAUUAAUCAGUAAACAAAUCUUAUCUUAUUUAAUAUUAUUGACAUCGAACCAAAUCGCACAAGUUGGAAUUCUGACCUAAUUUCAUAUUCACAUCCUAAGGCAAAAAAAAAUAUAGAAAAGCCGAAUUUUAACAGUACCAGAGCUAAUAAUUUAAUAAUUUAUAAUUUCUGUAUAAAUUACAGGAAUAUAGUUUGCUGGUAAAAAACAAUUAGCACUUUUUGAAAAGGCCACUUCCAAGGAAGCUAGAGACCGUCCUUUUUAACUAAAAUGCACCUGCACCAUCCCCUUAUAUCACGGUUUUAGUUCUACAUUACUCCUUUUUAUAUUCUCUAACCAAUAACAACAAUAAAAUUAACAUUAUUUUAUAUCCAAUAUAAGCUCCUAUCCUUCUUCCUCUCCAUCCUUUUCCAUCUACCUUUGAAUCUUUUCAUACGUCUAUAUAAACCUUUACUUCCUCCUCUGCUACUCCUUUUCUAUCAAUCACCAAAACACAUUCAUUGGCUUAAACCCUAAACCCCAAGCACCUGAGCUACCACAAACCAAAAAUGAGACCCUUUGGCUUGGUCUUUACGGUCAUGUUCUUGGUCUCAGCCUUUUCAGAAUCAAGAACCGCGGACUGUAGAGUUCUCCUUGGUGGCUCAUCAGAGGAAAUUAGUCAAUCUAAGAAUCAUGUUGUCGAAGAUUUUCGAAGUAAAGAGUUGUUAGGGGUCGUGGUACGUGGUUAUAAAAGGUUACGAUUGCUCUCUUCAGCUGGAGAGAGGAUGCACACAAUGGCUUCUGGACCGAGCAGGAGAGGUGCUGGUCACUAAAAGACUAUUUACUCACUUACAUUAUUUUCUUAUACAUCAGUAUUUAUUUAGCUCAGGUUAUAGUAAAGGAUUUUUCAUUUGUUACAGAUCAUUAUAUUUAUUCAGUCACCAAUGUAAAGUCUAGAAGGGAGAAAUUCAUUUGAUCAUGAUACAAUAGUCGGUUUCCUUCUCAAAAACAUCCAUAUAUAGUACGUGCCAAUAAAUUAUUUUUAUUUUUGACUA